CUUCCGGCUGGGCCGCCAUCUCGCCGUGAGACAGCAGCAGCCGCGCAGCGCGAUGUCGUCCGCAGUCUCACCCUGGGGGCUCGGCGGGCUGACGGAGAUGGAGCCUCUCGGCGCCGCGGGCCCUCGGCGGCUGCGCUUCUCGCCCUACGCCUUCAACGGAGGUACUGUAUUGGCAAUUGCUGGUGAAGACUUUUCGAUUGUUGCUUCUGACACUCGACUGAGUGAAGGCUUUUCAAUUCACACCCGGGACAGCCCCAAAUGUUACAAGUUAACAGACAAAACAGUCAUUGGAUGCAGUGGUUUUCAUGGAGAUUGUCUUACCCUGACAAAGAUUAUUGAAGCAAGACUGAAGAUGUACAAGCAUUCCAAUAAUAAGGCCAUGACAACGGGGGCCAUUGCUGCAAUGCUGUCUACCAUUCUGUACUCAAGGCGUUUCUUCCCAUACUACGUCUACAACAUCAUCGGUGGACUUGAUGAAGAAGGGAAGGGAGCUGUGUACAGCUUCGACCCAGUGGGCUCCUACCAGAGAGACUCCUUCAAGGCUGGAGGCUCAGCAAGUGCCAUGCUGCAGCCCCUGCUUGACAACCAGGUUGGUUUCAAGAACAUGCAGAACGUGGAGCAUGUGCCACUGUCUUUGGACAGAGCCAUGAGGCUGGUGAAGGACGUCUUCAUUUCUGCAGCUGAGAGGGACGUGUACACUGGGGAUGCCCUCAGGAUCUGCAUUGUGACCAAGGAGGGCAUACGGGAAGAGACGGUUCCCCUGCGAAAGGACUGAUACGGGCUGUCCCUGGGGCUGUUGGGCAAGGUUGUUUUAUUAUGAAAGAACCCUAAAGUUACCUGUUCUAUGAAAAUGUAUUUUAUCUGACAAGACAGAUUAAGGAAGUAGAA